AUGGAUAAUGAAGAAGAAAUGAAAAGGACGAUGAUGGAAGAAGACGACGACCAGCAGCAGCAACAGCAGAAAAGGACGAAGAAAACGAGUCAGGGCCGCAAAAAGAUCGAGAUAAAAAAGAUAGCAAACCCUAGCAACCGCCAGGUCACCUUCUCGAAGCGGCGCGUCGGCCUCUUCAAGAAGGCGAGCGAGCUCUGCAUCCUCAGCGGUGCCGAGAUCGCAAUCGUCGUCCACUCUCUCGGCAAGCGCGUCUUCACCUUCGGCCACCCCACCGCCGACGCCGUGAUCGACCGCUUCCUCGGCGGGGAUGGCGGCGAGUCCCACGCGCCGACGUACGCGGCCGGAGACUACAACCGGCACUACGCGGGCGUGUGCCGGGAGCUGGAUGCGGAGAAGCGGCGGGGGGAGACGGCACGUGGCGGCGGAGGAAGAGGAGGUGACGGCGUCAUGUGGUGGAACGAGGCGGUGGAAGGGCUGGAUCUGGAGGAGCUCGAGCGGUACGCGGCGGCCCUCGACGAACUCAUAAAAAACGUGACGAUGAAGGCGAAUGAUUUCAUGGUGAUGCAGAGCUCCACAUCCCUAUUGCCGCCGGAGGUCGACCACAUGAUGCUUGUUAAUAAUAACCAAAUGGGCGCCGGUGUUUUCGAUAAUUACGAGAGCUUUGUCGGUCUACCAAACGGCGGCGGCGGCUUCGGGCAGCUCUGA